AUGUCGGCGAAUGAACAUUUAUUGCAACAUUUACUGAAUACCUUAUCAGCGGAUAACGGACUUAGAACAAGCUCUGAGAAGUAUUUGAAUGAGUUGAUCAACAAGCAGCCUGAAUCACUGAUCAAUUUAUUAGAACUAUGCGCUGAUACAUCCAUACCGUUUCAAAUCAGACUUGUCACUGCAACAUUUGUGAAAAACAAGGUCAAAGCUUCUUGGUUCAUUAAAAAUGCCAUUAAUAAAUAUCUGAAGUCCGAGGAAAUACCGUUGCAGGUUAAGGAAAAUACAAAGAGCAGAUUGGUGGAAACACUCCUUAACGUGUCUCCUUUCGAUCACUUACCUUUGUUUAGACAGCUUCUUAAUUGUCUGGAGAUUAUAUUGAGAUUAGAACCAGAAUGGGAUAGUCAAUUGUAUCAACUUUCGAAAGGCCUUCUGCAAUCUUCGAGUAAUGAUAUCUCCAAGUUAUAUGUGAGUCUUUCAAUUGUUUACCAAAUUGCAAAGAAGCAUUGCUUUGACACCGAUAAUUCAUUUACGGAGACAAUUGCCCAAGAUCAGUUCCCAAUCUACGAACAAAUGUUUAAUAGUAACUUAUCAAACAUAAAGGAUUCUUCCACUGCAUCGAUAUUUUACCUCAUACUAAAGAUUUAUAAGUUUUGUACAUUUGUUCAGCUUCCAAAGUACCUAAUCUCCGAUCUGGGAAAGCUCCAAAACUGGUGUAACUAUCAGCUUGAGAUUAUUAAGAUGGAACCUGUUUUUAUCACUGGAAAUAGUGGUGAUGGUGCCGAUGAUGAUGAUGAAGAAGAGGAGGGCUCUAUUUCAGAGCAUGAUCAUAUGCUCAAGAAGUGCCAGAAAUGGUCAUUUGCAAAUCUCUAUAGGCUUAAGAAGAGGCACGCAAAGCAAAAUAACAAGGCUUUGAACAGUCAAGUGAUAGACAUUCUAUUGAAGCGGUUUAUUCCGAAUAUUCUUACACAGUAUCUUUCUGUGACGGGCAAGAGAUUCACUGAUAUUUGUCAAUAUUAUCUUAUAUCUUUUAUUACCGAUUGCCUGACCGCUGAUUCUGUUUAUGAACAAUAUAUCAAAGGUAACGUCAAUCCUAUAUUAACGAGCAUCAUAGUUCCACGGUUGAGUUGCACGGACAAAAAGGUUGAGAUAUUUGAAAGUGAUCCGGUUGAAUAUAUUAAUAGAUAUGUUGAUUCGGCAAGUUUAGUCUUAGGCUUUAAGAGUUCCGACAUGGCAGCUACUGAGUUUGUUUUUACUCUUUGCCACACACAUUUUUCAGAUGUUGCAGAACCAUUAUUUUCUGUGAUUCAUCAUCUCUUUGAAAAUAAAAGUUCAAAUGUGUAUCAGGUUGAAGCCGGAUUAAAGCUAUUAGAUAAUUCCUGGUCACAGAUGAUUAACUCGGGUGGAAAUGGUGAUGAGGCCGUCAAGUAUUUAAUAUUACCACAACUCGAGGAUGGAAAUCAUAAAUGGUUACAAACGUUGGCUUGUGACACAAUUUCACAGAUUGAUUAUCAAUUUAAGGACCAGAACUUACUUUUAGAGGUUGCAUCAGUUGUGAAUCAACUAAUAGAGCAAAGUUCUGAGAAUUUGCCAUUGCAAUUAGAAGCAAUUAAUGCGCUUAAUUCACUUUCGACCAUGCCGGUAAUUCAACAACAAGUUUCUCAGAAUGUUACCAACGUAAUGCAGCUACUUUUAAAACUUAACAACGAGUAUGAAUUAGAGCUCACGAGCGAUCUAAUGGAUAGUUAUAUUUUGAAAUUCUCUCAGGAAUUGGAGCCAUAUGCUCUCCAUCUUUCGAAAACUUUGAAUGAUCAGUUCUUACAGGGAGCUCAAGAGUUCUUGUCAAAUAUGGAUAGUAAUAACAAAGACGAUUUUGAAAAAGAAACAAGGCUAUCCCAGUUGCUUUCAACAUUAUCGUCGAUGGUUGUAUCGAUGAAUUCCCAAAAAGAGACAACUGCUAACAUGGUGAAUACAUUUGAGCCAAGUGUAACCUUUGUGCUUGAUAAUGCCAUCCUCUCAUUUUUGACCGAUGUUAUGGGUCUAUUGGAAACUUCCAACUUUGUUUUGAAGGCCAUGACACCACAGACAUGGAAGAUAUAUGACACGGUAUUGGAUUCUUUCGAGAACUAUGGCUUUGAGUACUUUGAUAAUUAUGGACCUUACUUUCAGACAGUUGUCAAUUAUGGCUUCCAAGGACAGAGCAUUGGCUCAGAUCAGCGCAUUCAAAAAUUGUUGAAGGCAAUUCUCAAUUUUUAUAACGAUUCAAACGGUGAUGAUGAAAUGUUGGAAAUGGUUUAUAACAUCAGCAUGUUUAUCGUCCUGAACUGCGAGAAUGUGGAAUCUAUCAUGGAACCAUUGCUCAAGCCUAUAUUUAAGAGUCUUACAAAUAUUUCUAUCGAUGUCCUUCGAGACUAUUUAAAACUUUUCCUUGCACUUUUUAUAAGGAGGCCGGAUUUGGUUAACCAAUUGACGGAUAACAAUGCCUCCGAACUUACACAGUUUGUGAGGCUGUGGUUUGAAAACUCGGAUCAACUAUUAACCACUGUGUUUGACCUUAAGUUGGAGAUUUUGGCCUUGAUCAGUAUUUUGGAGAGUCAGGUUCCACAGCUUGACAGCAUGAAGGAAGUUAUGCUUCGCAAUUUGCUACAAUUAAUAGAAAAACUUCCGGCUGCAAUUGAUAAGCGGGUCAAGUUAAUUAAAAUGGAGAAUGAUGGCAGUAUGGAUUCAAGUCUUCUUGUUGAUGGCGAUCCUGAAUCCUUUGAUAUCGACGACGACGAAUAUGCAGAGCUGGAUGUUGAUACUCCUUUGGAUAAUGUUAAUGUGCUUGACCAAUUUAAGAACUUUGUGGAAAAAAACCAACUUCAGUUUUCGUCAGUCAUGGAUGGAAAGCAGUAA